GGAGGCUGAGAGAGAAGCCGUGCCUGGGCUAUGCUGACAGAUGACUUUUUCCUCAGUUGUCAGGUUUCGAGCCUGUCGGCAGCGCUGCUGCUAUGGAGUCACCGACUAAGGAAAUCGAAGAAUUUGAGAGCAACUCUCUGAAAUACCUACAGCCAGAGCAAAUAGAGAAAAUCUGGCUUCGUCUCCGAGGCUUGAGAAAAUACAAGAAAACAUCACAGAGGUUGCGGUCUUUGGUAAAGCAGUUAGAGAGAGGGGAAGCUUCAGUUGUAGACCUAAAGAAGAAUUUGGAAUAUGCUGCGACUGUUCUUGAGUCAGUGUACAUUGAUGAAACAAGGCGUUUACUUGACACAGAAGAUGAGCUCAGUGACAUCCAAUCUGACUCUGUGCCCUCAGAGGUCCGGGACUGGUUGGCUUCUACCUUCACGCGGCAAAUGGGGAUGAUGCUCAAAAAGACGGAGGAAAAACCCCGGUUCAGGAGUAUUGUCCAUGCAGUGCAGGCUGGGAUCUUUGUGGAAAGAAUGUACAGACGGACUUCAAAUAUGGUCGGUUUGAGCUACCCACCAGCUGUAAUUGGAGUGCUAAAGAAUGUAGACAAGUGGUCCUUUGAUGUAUUUGCACUAAACGAUGCCAGCGGAGAUCAUGCACUGAAAUUCAUAUUCUAUGAGCUUCUCACACGCUAUGAUCUGAUCAACCGUUUCAAGAUCCCCAUUUCUGCCCUUGUGUCAUUUGUGGAAGCUCUGGAGGUCGGCUACAGCAAACACAAAAAUCCUUAUCACAACCUCAUGCACGCUGCAGAUGUGACACAGACAGUCCAUUACCUCCUUUUCAAGACAGGCGUAGCGCACUGGCUGACAGAGCUGGAGAUCUUUGCUAUGAUCUUCGCAGCUGCCAUCCACGACUAUGAACACACUGGAACCACAAACAACUUUCACAUCCAGACACGGUCAGACUCAGCCAUUCUAUAUAAUGACCGGUCUGUGCUUGAAAAUCACCACGUUAGUGCUGCAUACCGCCUUUUGCAAGAUGAUGAAGAGAUGAAUAUUUUAUCUAAUCUCUCAAAGGAUGACUGGAGGGAAUUCAGAGCUCUAGUGAUUGAGAUGGUGUUGGCCACUGAUAUGUCCUGUCACUUCCAGCAAAUCAAAGCCAUGAAGAAUGCUUUGCAGCAGCCAGAAGGAAUUGACAAGCCGAAAGCCUUAUCGCUGUUGUUACAUACAGCAGAUAUCAGUCAUCCAGCCAAGGCCUGGGAUCUCCAUCAUCGCUGGACCAUGUCUCUGCUAGAGGAGUUCUUCAGACAGGGUGACAAAGAAGCAGAACUAGGGCUUCCCUUCUCUCCACUGUGUGAUCGCAAGUCUACUAUGGUUGCUCAGUCUCAAAUAGGUUUCAUUGAUUUCAUCGUGGAACCAACUUUUACUGUGCUGACCGACAUGACGGAGAAGAUUGUGACUCCGCUGAUCGAUGAAGCUUCCCGCUCUGGCAUGUCCGGGUUCAGGCGUUCCAGUCUGAAUAGCAUUAAUCCCUCCGAAGUUAAAAGAUCAAGUGUCAAGAGCACUGGGUCCGAAGGAAGUGCCUCACUCAACUGCUCCAUACUCACUGUGGACUUCAAAUGUUUUAAAGCCACCUGGACUGAGGUGGUGCAGCAGAACCGGGAGAAAUGGAAAGCUCAAGCCACCAAAGAAGAAAAAGCUAAGAAAGAAGCAGAGGAAAAUGCUCAUCAGGGAACAGAAGAGAAGAAAACAGAUGAAAAGGAUGAGAAGCCAGCUGAAGAUGCCACAGCAGCAAAGACAGAGAACAGCAAAGAACCUAAUCCUGGGGAAAACAAAGGUUCAGACUCCAAUAAGAAUCAUGUCAAUGGGACUCGGCAAACUGGGAUGAGCAAACAAGAAGCCUCUCAAGGGAAAAACACAUCAUGGACAGAUAAGGGAACGGAUUCUCAUCAUGCAGUGGGAGAAGAGAAGCAGCAAGUCCAGAAUGGUGAAUUAAAGGAAGAUAGUAAGUUGGACAAAAAAGAUCAGUCUGGUGUGGGGGAUGAAUCAAAGAAAACAGAUGAUACAGAAGAGUAAAAAUAUAUUUAAAAAAGACACUGCAAAUUUAUUUCAUCAUUUUAGCUGAGCUUCUUCAUUCCUGUUCUCCUCCUCCUUCUGCAAAGACCAGUUUCUGGGGAAGGCAUUAAACAACUUUCAAAACACUCCUCCUCCCACUGGCUACUUCACAGCUAAUGACUCUGGGUUCUAUGGUGGGGGCCUUGGGUUUUUGGGUCAGUUUUAUUUUUGUUUGUUUCUUUGUUUGUGUAUGUGUGCAUUUUCUGUUCUUUUGGGUAUUUUUUUUUCAACAACAAGCAAAUGGUGAUUUCCUGAUGCAAAUGGUUCCAUUUUUCUGGACAGGUCAAGCAAAUAGAUGAGAGUCACCUUCAAAAGCCAGUAUUGCCCUUUGCUAUGCCUCAGAUUGUGAAACAAACAUUAGAAUAAUAUAAAAUAAUGUGUAUUUAAAAAAUCUCAACAACAAAAGAAAAAAAUCCAUGAUAAUACUUCACUUUUUUUCUUUUCUCUGGUUGCUGGUAGGAAGAAUUUGCCAUCAGUUUUACACUUGCCAUAGAAGAUCUUAUUAACAAGAAUGGUGAAUUUGUAGAGUCAUUUCACUAUUUGUUUAGGAUUUAAUAUUUUUUCUCACAGGAUGCAAUGACAGCAAAAUCUUUUUCUUUCUGUACAGCAGGCAGACUCAUUCAACCCUUGGUUUUGUUCUGUUUUUGCUAUUAGUAUUAGGAAAGGAAUAAUCAAUCAAAGUGAUAUUCCCUUGAAGUAAAUUUUGUUGUCAGUCUGAGACCAUGCACUAUUGUGCUGAUUGACGUGCCUGCCUUAACCUGAGAUUACAGCUAAUGAGCUGUUUUCCCCACGUUUGUUCAUGGACUACUACUAACAGCUCUUUGUCUGACCUGGAGAUCUAAGAGAAGGGCAACAGGGAAUCACACGGAUCGAUUCUUACUUUCAUCUCAAUGUGAUCUUUCUUUCAUCACUGAACGGACAGGCCAAAGAAAAGGAAAAGCAUUGCUGGAGAAGUACGGAUAGACAAAAGCAAAAUGAAAAAGUGUGUUCUAAAUUCACUGCUGGAGUUGGUGGAUAAAAAACUGUCUCAUCCAGUGGAGUUAGACACAUGGAAAGUAGCCAUCAUUGUGGCCCAUUUUCAAGAAGAAAUGUUAAAAUGCUGACUCGCUCAGGCCUCGAUUCAGGAAGGUAUCGUUGCGUGACAAACAUCAAAUGUGUCUGUAAGUGCUUUUCUGGCUUGGGAUCUUGGUAGGGAUCCAGUUAAUUAUAAGUGAUUUUACCUAUCUGUGUGGAAAUCAAGACAUACGCAUACAACUGGUUUUUGCCUGGCUCCGUUUUGUUCAGGACGGGGUCUCGCUGUGUUAGUCGUGUAUGUAUUUUACAAGGACUCAGACUGCUGUUGUGGCUCUUUGCUGUAUAGAGAAUGUGUAAAACCUUGGCUUAGGAAGGUAAAUCUUUGGUGUUUCCUUUUAAUGUUCAAAAGCACAGGACUUUACCACCAGCCUAUAGUAGAGCUUGGAUCUCUGUUCCUGCUUAAACUGUGCAUGUAUAGGGAUGAGCUUCCUAUGACACUAGCAAAAAUCACAGCAGUGAGCUCAGCCUAAAUCCACAUUUAAACGUGAAUUCCUUCUCACUCAGGCGUGUUUGUAUCUGGGAUUUUGAUUAUUGAGGCUAGAGAUGUUUUGAGUUCUUUUUUUUGGCCACCAGAGUUUGCAUAUGUUCAAAGUCAGAGAUUUAGAUUAGGUUCAUGCUGUGAAAAGGUUGCACUUCAAUCACAUGUUUUCAGAAUGAAGAAGUACAGAAAUAACUCUUGCAGUUCUUAGAACUCACAGUUGGCUUCACUGAACCAGCUCGUUUAAAUAAAAUAAGGGCACAUGGUGUUCCCAUUUGUGAGCUCCUGGUUCAGUGGUGACUCUGGGGUAGGUUUUCUGAGGAAAGCAGGGUGCUGGGAGGACAGUGACCCUACAGUCAGCACCAGGCACACCCCUUGUUGUGUGAUGAGCAGAGGGCUAUGGCACCACAUAAUACUUUCCCACCUCCCCAUUGCCCCCUCCAUCAGCAUUCAGCCCUGAUAAGAGUGGUAGAAUAUGACUUCCAGCCCUGGCCAGGCUCGGUGGAGGCACGGUGAUGAGAUAUCAAUAACGCAGAGCUAAAUACCAUCGCAGUGACUCAGUCCCUGCUUAGUCAGACUUCUCCCUGGAGGCAGGGGGAACAAUCUCUCACUGGGUGUUUGGUCAGAGGUGCAGGGUGAUUUAGUCAAUAUAUUUUAAGUUUCCCUUACCUAAUGUACAGUGACUAAAGAUGCCUUAGAUUAUGCACAGUAGAAGAAUAAUUUUUAAGCCCUAAAUCUUUGUCUCCAUCCAUUUCUGAUAUUUUCUUUCUUUCUGGGAGUGACUUCUUUCAGACAGCAAAGCCAGACUGCUUGGUUUAUGGCUGGUCAGUUCUUGUUUCUCAUGCACUGGCACAAAGGUGUGGCAUCAGUCUGGGAAAGGCUUUUCCUGCGUUGUUAGGGUUAUUCACCACUGGCAGGACCUAACAAGGGAGGUAGUGGAGUUGCUGUCCCUUAGGGACUGCAGAUCAGAGCUGCAAUUCUAGAAGGGAACCAGAGUCAAAGGUGCUGAUCUCACCACACAGGUAUGCAGCAAAAUGUUUUGCAGUAUAGAGACAGUCAGAGCUAGCUCUAACAUUCUCCUGCUCUUGUAAAAUCAUUUGAAUAAGUUACAGUGGAUUACUAGCAUUUUUUAGAAUUAUUAUCAAGUAAAAAACCAAAACCAACAAAACCAUAAAAUCUACUAGCUUGGAAAUAUAUAAAGUGAAAUCUAGAAAUCAAAUCUUAGAAAGAGUCCAGGCCAGAUGAAAGCAUCUGUCGUGGGGUCUUGUCCCAGGAUCACACCUACAUUCCCUUACUCUGCCCUCCCACCUCCCUGGAACACUCUGCAGCAUUGUGCUAGUGCAUUAUGAGCCAAGGAACGGUAUGUUUAGGCACCUCCCAGUUAAACUAGAGAUCAGGCACUGUGCAAUUGUGUGAAAACAAAAAUAAAAACAAUUAAAAUAAAAUUACAAAACCGCUUUCUCUUGUUUUGUUCCACAAAAGGAAACAAACAGACAAAAAGUUGAGAAGGAAUAGAUGUUCAUCAGCUAAUGGCCUAUGUUUAAAAACAAGUGAGAAAGGAUUUCUGGUUUUAUACCCUUACCUAACAAUCUCCAGAUGUAUAGCCAUUAUAUUUUUAGAUGCUUUUCUUUCCCAUCCUCAGUAAAACUACAGAGGCAACAAUGAAGCCAGAAAUUCUGCAAAUAUAGGCCCAUAUUGUUGACCUUACGCUGAAAUUGUUCAGAGUUGUUUGGGAGUGCCCAGCGGCAGGCACAAAAUGCUCUCCUAGUGCCAGCGUGCUGCUUGCAGAGAGUGGCUCAGGCUGUGUGGUGGGGACAGUGCUCCAGUCUCCUGCCUCUGCACGUGCUCUCAGGAAGCUCUGCCUUGCUGGAAGAGUACCAGGCAUCUUCUGCUUCCCAGAAACUGUUGUGUAACUUGAGAAUGAGAACCUAGGCCUUUUACCCUCAUAAAACAGGGAGAGAUACCAUUGCAAGUAUCCCUGUCAGUGUUCUUUCCUGUAGCUGAGACUGGUGUUCAGGGAAUUAGCAGACCUCUGACUCGUGGUGACGUAGUGCUUGAACUCCUGGGCACAUUGUAGUUAAAAACAAAGAAAAGCAAGCAAUAUGUUUCUAUAGAAUCAUAGAAUCAGAAUGGUUUAGGUUGGGAGAGACCUUUAGAAGUCAAUCUAGUCCAACGCCUCCUAUAAUGAGCAGGGACACCUUCAGCUAGGUCAGGGUACUCAGAGCCCUGUCCAACCUGACCUUGAAUGUUCCCAGGGAUGAGGUGUUCACAACCUCUCUGGGCAACCUGGGCCAGUAUUUCAUCACCUAUGUUCUGUGCUGUUCACUACUUCAAUGGCUCCAAGUGUGACAGUUCUCUGGGCUGCACUCAGUUAGUGAUUUGUGUUUCUGACAACAUGCAAGAAGCGUUCACAUAUGUGAAAGAAGGGUUUUGUUUAACUUUUUAAGGAUGUAGAAGCCUGUGAUGCACCCUAUCAAAAUACUGAAGUCAACCAGCUUUCCUGACAAAUUGACAUCAUUUUGUUUUUUCAAAGUUACGUAGUCACAUUUUUAUGUUUGAUCAUUAAAACAUGAUGAAUGUGGCCAAUAUUGUCCACGUUAGAUAAAAAAAUAGGUGCCAGAAGCCAGCCUUUUAUUGAUGAUGGUCAAAUAGGUGGCAGAUUAAAAACAGAAAUGUCACCACUUCAGACUUAAAACAUAUUUUGGAGAAGUCACUCUGGGCAGACAGGUGUUUGUCUAAAAGUGCAGCCUUUUGUAUAACUCCAGCUGGUGUCAACAUGCUAAGUAUUAAUACUGUAGGACGUUUAGCAUUCAGAAUGAAUCUGGAGUUUGACAGCCUGGCUCCUGAUGGGUGACUAGAGAAGGGAAGUUCCUUUUUUCUCAGUGUUUCUUUUUCCAAGUGUGAAUUUUGUGAUUGGAGAGAAACCUUCCAAAAUGUAGCUGAUUGUGAAAGAGAAGAAUGGUACGUGGAUGUGUUUUUGCAAGCAACCCUUUGAAUAUGCAAAUGUUUGCAUAUGCACUUACAAAGUUUUACCAGCUCAUCCUGGAAGCAGAAAUGCUUCAAACUAGAUAGCUGAUAGUGUUGUGCUGCUUUGUAACAGAAAGUCUGUGACCUCACCUAGCUAAAGGCAAAUCCUUCCCCUGUUAGCCCUUGCAGAUUCUACAGUGGGUCCCAAAAGUGGCUUUUAAUUAAAGGACAAUAUUCCAUUAAAAUUAGAAAUUAUGGAACCUGACAGGAACAGUACUUUUUUUGCUUCAACUAGAAUAAACUAGUCAAUCUUCAGGAACUCAUGAAAUGGUCUUAAAUAUUUCUUAUUGUCUCCUUUUUCCACACGCUUCAUUUAUAAUAAUGACACUCAUCAUCCCUCUGAUGAUCUAUACCGUAUGUUAGCCAUUUAUACUCAGCAAAUGACAGCAUAACCAAGUCUUUUACUCUUUUUAAUCCAUCACUUCACCCAAUAAUUAAACCCAACAGAGCCAUCCUGUGCUUUCACAUGUGCUGAUCCAGUGCCAAUCUCAGAGCUGUGCUGGUGCAGUGUCUGAACAUCAGCACUGAAAAGCAUGAGCCCUGUGGCACUGACUUCAUGUAAAUCACUCCAGGGAGUGGGCAUCAGUGCUCGCCAGGUAGAAAGGAGGGGGAAAAAAAAAAGCAUGCUUUUGCAUUUGAAGACAUGGAUUCAGCGCUCUCGGAAGGGGGUACAGAGAUUUUUCCCAUUUAUGUUCCCCAAAACGUGAGCAUGUCUGCUCUAUUCUUGGUCCACUGUCAGGUGUGCAUACCAGUGUGGUGCUCCCUCUGCUUCCACAGGCAGACAAGUGUUGUGAUCCCAGACAGGCCUUUCCUAGACUGGUUAGUGUGAUGAAGGCAGGAACAGGGCAGGUGACCGCUGCCAAUGUCAUUAUUUUCUGUUAAAACACAUUUCCACUUGCUGAGACUGCCCUCUCCUUGCUGCAAUGUCCCUUUUGAUCUGCAGCAAGCACAGAGGGUUCUGAUCUGUACCCAGCCAGGAGUGGGACACGUGCCUCAUUUGAGGCAUCAGCUCUCCCUGCUCUGAUGAUUUGACCACCAGGUAGAAGUAGAUGGAGCUACCUCCAGGCAAGCUGACUGAGGACCUGAAGCUCAAUUUUGGCAAAUUAAUUUACCCUCACACCUAAGCACACGACAGCACUCAUGAGCCUAACAGCACACUCUCGGCACGCUAUGUUCUUUCAGUCUCUUCCAAGUGCAGAUGUAUGGGCUGCUGUGUGCUGCUCACACCCUGGGACUAGAAGCUAUCCAGUGGUAGGAGGAAUAUCUGUAAUCCCGUCGUCUCUGCCGGUGGUCGUAGGAGUACAUCUAUCAAACAAAAUCACGACCAUGGGAGUUUUCUAGUGAUAAAACCUAGCAGUAGAAUGAGAGAGUGAGCAUUUUCCUUUUCUUCUUGCUUGGAUGAUAUUUUUAUACACUUUUAUAUACAGUUUUUUUAAAUAUUUGCUAUUUUUAUUGUCGGGUUCUGGUUGGGUUUUUACCAGACCUUCUGGUUGUGUACAGGCCCAGAUUCUUACAGGAAUUAUUCCCUUCCCUUUUCCCCUCCCCUUUCUUCCCCGAUAGACAAAAGCCAUUGCAUUUGCAACAUCAGCUUAGAGCGAAAUAACACCUAGGGCCUGAUCACUCUUUUAGUUGCACUGAAAUCAAAGGAAGUUGCAUGCAAAGUCCUGUUGGUCCCACCUCAGCGUCUGGGGCCACGAAACACGGCCGGCUAAUGACGUGCAGUGCGGUCUGUGUGAAGCCAAGGCAUCAGGCUGGCACUGUCUUCCUUUGCUGUGGUAGGAGCUGCUUCUACCACUAUGUGUUUAAAUAAGGCUAUCUGUAUCUCUCCAUUCCUUCUGCUGAUCCUACUUCUGGUGGGCACUUCAGUCCAAGUCAUACCCUAGCUCACUGACUACCUUCAGCAGGGAGGACGGGUGGACAUUGUGGCUUAUCUGUGACAGCAGCAUCACUGCUCUUGUGGUUAGCCCUGCAAGUGACAGGUCCUAAACUAAGUUAAUAAAUGUUAAACCUAUUGGUAGGAAGGAUAAGGGGAAAUUAACCAAAUUCAAGGAUCUUGGUCUUGUAAAAUAACCUUUUCUCGGCUGGCAUUCUGCAGGGAAUUCUGUGUAUGAAGUUGAACAUAAACUUUAGAAUGUGUUUAUAUUAGCAGAACGGGUAAUGGAGACGUCUGUCUUGAACUGAACUAAAAUAAACCAUAAGCACCUGUUCUCUAACAUUUUUCAAGGAAGAAAGAGGCAGUUUGUCACGCUAUUUUGCACGAGGGAAUAGAAAACAAGUUAAAAUACAUGCUGAAAGCAAAACUCAACGCAAGUUUGCUCCGGGGACUGGGUGGGUAGGGUAAUGAAAAAAUAACUAUUUAGUUUGUUAAGACUCAUACAGAAGAAAGAAAAAAGCAAAACCGAAAUGAAUGAUGCCAUCUAUUGCCAAGUAUUCUCAACUGUUCUGAGAAUGGUUUUAAACAAUAUGUAUUUAUUGUUAGUUCCUUAUUUGAAAGAAGAGGCUUGUGGUCUCUAAAUGUAUACAACAUUUUUCCACAUUCCAGUUCUUCUGUAACUGAGUCCAUGUAUGUUCAUCCUAUAUUACUAAAUAAAAACAA